GCGACUCCACGCCGCCCGGUGGUACUUCGGUACUUCUCACAGGUCCGGCCAGUCGUCAGUUUGCCGACGAUUUCGCACAGAGCGCGGCACAGGUAAACGGUCUCCGCGAGGUUUCGCGUCUUUGCCGCAUUUUUCCGCCGUCUUUCGCGUUCACGCGUCCGGUCGUAGUGGGUCAGUGUGGAUGUGUCACGUCGUGUCACCGCGCGCUGCCCUUUUGCUCGACUGACUGACUUCAGACUCGAUUGACUGACGUUUCGAGUUUGAAUUGACUUAGCGUAAUAACAGUGAUUUAGAGACUUGUUUAUUGAGGCCAGGAUACGGAGUCACGAAUUUUUGCAUUGACAGAUUCACCAAGAGGCUUUUUGUUCACAAUCUGAUUUCCCGCAAUAAUGUGACAGUCAUGACAUCGUGUACUACCGACAGCGGCACGGAAACCCUAUUUUCCGACGACUCACCUUGCGAGCUAGUAGGCUCGCCCAGCGUUUGCUCGGUGGAGGAAAACUCCUCCAAACCCAACGAAGAUGCGGUCUCCAUCCAUAGCAGACUGGCCCCUCCCAACAUUCAGCCAUACAGCGGCGUCUUGGAGAAGGGUAAAGUGGUUAUUCGUCCCAUAGCAUUCAAACCAUCAGUACCAAAUAUGACUCCAUCCUCGAGGUUCAGUGAUAGGUACAGUUCCACGCCCAUUUUAACCAGGCCUGGUUCCAGACUAACGCUAUAUGGAAGUACAAGUGAUCUACAUAGGACACCAACCAUCCAGAAUUAUUCUCUGGAUAGGAAGAUCCGAUCUUCUUGUACUUCAACCAAUUCCUCACCUCCUUUAGCCAUGAGCUCGUUGCCAUCUAUACCUCACAGCCAUAAGUUGAUCGGGUACGACAGUUUGGAGAGUGUGAGGAAAAGCCCUCACAACCAUUUGGAUGGAUCAUUAUUACAUAAAGGCUCAUACAGAUUAUCAACGUCCAACGUAGAGAGCCUUCUAGAUCUUACUCCCUCACCUAGCGAUUCUGGCGUGUCUGAGCUGGAGGCAGCCCUCAGAGAUCGAGAUUCUGAGCUGGCCUACCUCAGACAAACCAUGGAGCACAAUGAACAAGUCAUAUUUCGAGUCUAUCAAGAAAAAGAAAAGGUAUGGGAAAGAGAAAUCCAUAGGCUUAAAACCCUUCACGACAACAGAUUACGAGCCAGUGCUCAGAAAGCGAUGAAGCUAGAACAGAUGCUGAUGAUGCAGUCCUACCAACUGAAUCAGGACAAAAAAAGACUUACGGGAGAACUUCAAAGAACGAAUUUUCAAAACGAAAAAUUGAAACAGGAAGUGAGUGCUCUAAGAAGCAGACUGGAGGAUACCGAGUGGGGUCUUUGCCAAAGAACCGGUGAGAUGUCUUUGCUUAAAACGCAACUUAAAGAGUACCAGACGGAACAAACCACAAAGUGCCAAGAGCUUUUACAGCUCAGAACAGAUUAUAGAGAGUUGCAACAGCAGUUUGAAGAUAUGGAGGAUGAGUUGGGGAAGCAGCGGGCAGAUACUGUAGAAAAAUCGAAUGAGAUUGCUGAUAUGAAAAUAGAAAUAGAGAGUCUUAGGUGCCAGUUAAAGAAAUACGAGUCCAUAGAAAGUAUUGACAAAGCAAGGUUCGAAGAUAUAACAGAAACGGAAAGACUGAAAGCCGAAAUUAAAGAACUGCGCGAAGAGCUGUCAGAUCUUUCACUGAACGACUACAGCAACGUUCAACCCGGUCGAUUUCUGAGAACUCAGAACCUGCAAAACGAUCUGCAGAACGGUCAGAACUCUGACGACAGUAUGUCUCUGGAAGACCUGGAGAUUCAGAAACUGAGCGGGGAGUACAUAGAGAACUUCAACGAGGACAACGAAGUGAGCAGACUGCGGAAAGAGUUGCAGUUGAAGAACAAGGAGUUUGCUAGAGAGAAAUUGAUAUGGGUUCAAGAAAAAGAGAAGGUUUUAAGAUAUCAAAGACAGCUACAAAUGAACUACGUGCAGAUAUACAGGAGGUGCAAAUCUCUAGAAAAGGAAUUGGUAAACAUCAAAAUCGAAAUAGAAGAUUCCGAUUUAAGUAACGAUCAAGUUGGAAAAGCUGACCCAACGCAGACCAUAGAACUUUAAAUUAUUCGUUUUUAUUUACCUACAGCUCGUCAAAUAUAUGAUGAUAUUGUCUGCCACAGCUGGAGGAAAUGAAUUGACAUUUUCAUUGAGAAAUAUCAUCCUAUGUUUGAUAAGUUGUAGUUUAAUAAACAUUUAGUGCUACUUCUAGUGAAUAUUUUGUGCUAUAUCUUGCCAGUAGUGGUUGAAGUAUUUGUUAUAAUAUUAAAGAAUGAAUUUGUACAAAGAUAUAGUAGUAAAUGAAGCUAGAGUUUGUCACCAUACUUUUUCUUAUGUAGAUGGAAAAUCUACAGAUAAGUUAAAAGUAUUAAAAAAGCAAUAUAAAACACACUAGUUGUUUUUGCACAAUACCUUUUUAUUUAAAUUACAGUAGAUUAAGUAGACGCAGUUUUAGUAAAGUAGACGGACAUAUUGUGAUUUUUGUUUUUUGAAAAUACUUUAUUUAUUAUAUUGUAACUAGGCCCUAGAUUUAAGUACUGUAUAUUAAAGUGUUAUUUUUUUUACUAGACACGAAAUAGUACACAAUGCAGUGAGUGCGCUUGUAGUUUUUUUUUAUUUUAUGACAUUCUCGUGUGUAUAUAUUACGU